AGUGGGCCAAAAAAUAUGUAGUAGCCUGCAAUAUAGUUGCCAAGCUUGGGAAACAGACGGAUUUGUCGAUUUUCCCCAUUCGGUCGAACUUAGCCCAGCAGUGCUCAACCUGUCUAAAAGCUAAAGCUACAAAUUUAUUUAAACCUUGUAAAAUAGUGUGAGAUCCUGUGAUAUCCAUAAAGUGCAUUCAACCCACACAGUGAAAAUGUCGAUCUUUGACCAUCCCGAACAGCUGAAAAUGCUGCAGGGCCUUCUGAAUCCCAAUCAGAGAAGAGGCGGCAUUGACUACAGCAGUAGCGAGGAUGAGGAGGAGUCAAUGGUCGUCAAUAAGCUGAACCCUGGGACGAUUGGACGUCCUAAUGGGGAGGAUGGAACCGCUAAGGCUAAGAAGAAAAAGAAGCCCAAUCCUUUGUGCACUCCCUUGGUGGAGGAAGUGAAAAAACAGCCAGAGAGUCUGGAAGAAUGGCAAGAUCAGCAGGAGAAGGAAGACAUGGAUAUACUUGAAACGCGUAAGACUCCCGAGUAUACAAUGACCUAUCGCCAAGCAGUGGGCACUGAGGAUGUCUUCUUGCAGAUGGGCAAUCGCACUGGAUCCUCGGCCAGCUGUGAGGACCUCAUUUUGGAGGUUUCCCUGCCGGACGAGGAAAUGACUGCUGACAAGAUGACGCUCAGCUUGCAGGAAACUGAAUUGGAUUUGGGUACAUGUUUGUACCGCUUGCGAUUACCGCUUCCCCAUCCCGUCAAUGUGGAUCGUUGUCAUGCAAAAUAUGACAGUGAGCUGAAGAAACUACGGCUCACUUUGCGCCUGCAGCGCGAACUAGACUAUGUUAAUUUUUAAAAACCGACUAAAUAAUUCAUUUUUAAUUGCUUUCAUAUUACACAAUAGACACACACACAGUAUAAGAGUGUAAAAUUAUAGUCCCAAAAUUUUAACGUGUCUGAAAAAUUUGCCUGCAUCGUUUAUUUAGAAACAAGAUGUAUGUCUUUUAAUAUUAAAACAUUCUUAACCACCAACAGA